UGCAGGGACGGAGGCUCAGGGGACUACAUAGGAUAAUAAUCUAAACCUCAUCUUGUUUGAACUCCGCUGCAACCUAGCCUCUCCAUAUCUGUCCCUCCGGACCCCGCUUAUAUCUACAAUUUCCCAAAUAGAGCCCUUGGCGUUCUCUAUUUUGCAAAGUUUGAUCCAGUCGAUUCGUUCUUCAAGCCAAUAUCUUUCUUUUAGGCAACAAUGGCGGACGAUGGUGCAUCACCUCGCGAGCUGGUCGUGGAGGCCUGUCGUCGUGACCAGCCGCAUCUGCUGGAGCAGGUGAUAAACGACAUGGGAGAAAAAUCGAAUGAAGAAGUUGCUGAAUUCUUCAACAAUGUGACGGAUUCAAUGGGGAACCACGCCCUCCACAUCUGUGCUACGUAUGGAAGCUACGACACCAUGGACGCCCUCUUUGAUAUUGAAUUCUUCGAAUGCGAUCCUCUCACCCGCCUCGAUAAAGAUACCCCUCUACACUCCGCCGUGCGAUAUGCCAACGAAAAAGACGCCGAAGUCGGGUUGGAAAUGAUCAAAAUGAUGUGCGAAGCCGGUUGUGACCCACGUGUCCGUAACAAGCAUGGCCAAAAACCUGUUGAGCUUGUUUACAACAAGCCGGAAAUCAAGUCAACACUUCAGCAGGCUGAAUAUAUCCUGGCAGAGGGUCUCAGAGAUGAUGGAGACGAUGAUGCCAUGCACGAUAGCGCCAGUGACAGCGAGUAA